AUGGCGUCACCGAGCCCGUUGCGGAGCCUGGCGAGGUAUGCCAACAGCAUAGGCGAAUGGGGGGUGCGGUAUCACGUCGAAAAGGCGCUCCAGAUGGUACCUUGGGUCGCGCAGAAGGUGACGGAGUUGGAGCACGAGGCCGGCACGCCCUUCUUCAACCUCGCCAAGUUCCCUCAAAGAGAGCUGCUCGAGCUCGCGGCGUCCACACCGAUCUGUGGCCAGAUGCUCUUCGCGGGCGAGGCCAUGGCGCCCGCGAUAUCCACCGCGCCGAGGUUCGGGCCGAAAAAGGACGGCAACGGCAUGGUGAUGCUGCUCGUGAGGGAGCUCCGGUACCCGGAAUUUGGUGAGAACCAGCACAACGGCAUGGUGUGGGUGAUGCCCAGGCGCGCGCACGUGGGAGACGUGGUGGCUUUUCGCGAUCCCGAGGCGCUCAGCACGGGCGGGGGGCUCAUGGUCCGCCGGGUCGCCGCGCUCGAGGGCGGCGCGCUCGAGUCCAGCGACCCCGACGUUCCGGAUGCGACCGUCCCGAGGGAACACGCGUGGGUGGUGUGCGACAACGACGACGCGAGGCACGCGAGGGACAGCAGAACCUUCGGCCCGCUGGACCUGAGACGGGUCGUGGGCAGGGUGGUGUACGCGGUGCGGUCGGCGACGGAUCACGGCAGGGUGCACAACAGCCGGGAGGCGAGGUGGGUGGACGAUCCGGUGGUGCGGGUGGAGCUGGACGCGGAGCAGCUCGCGGCGGAUCUGGCCGAGUCGGCGUCGGGCGACGUAGGGUGA